GUACUGCGCUUCGAUUAUCUUAGAGCUCUUCAUUGAGAAAAAUCCACAGCCGAGUGUUUAUUCGAGGAGCUGCAGGCGAUGUACGGGGGGGGCGAAAUCGCAACCACUUGUAUUUAAGUCACUCUUCCAAAACGAACUUCACUAAACAGUGAAGACCACCGAAACAUGGAUGGCUUUUAUGACCAGCAGGUCCCUUUUAUGGUGCCUGAGAGUAAAUGCCACACAGUUGAGGAGAGGAGUCUCACUGACAGGCGGAGGAGGUUCUUGGACAGAGAGUUGGCUCAGGACACAGAAGAGCUUUUUCAGGAUCUGAGCCAGCUCCAGGAAAUAUGGAUUGCAGAAGCUCAGGCUCCUGAUGACGAGCAGUUUGUCCCAGAUUUCCAGUCCAAUAACUCGACGCUUCACAGCCCACAUGUCAGCAAAGUGAAGCGAGAGCCCAGUCCGUCCAAAGAUCUGUCCCCCUGCGGGACCCCCCAGGCUGAUAUGUGCCUUUACAGUUACAGUGCCUGUGAAAAUAAACCAGGUCCGGCUAACGCACCUGUAAAGCAGCGUAGCUCCAUCCACUCCGCUGGACCCCCACCCAUACGGAGGCAGCUUCAGCCAUCCCCGCCUCAUAUGACCGGCCAAACUCCAGCCUCCAGCCCCUUCCACCGCCAAAAUCUCCCCCAGUCCAACCCAAACCAGCAGUUCGCUCUGCCCUGUAACCCCGUCGGCUGCUCAGGGGCGUCUUUCAAUCCAGAGCAAAGGUUCCACCGGCAAAUGUCAGAUCCCUGUUUGCCCUUCCUGGCUCCAGAGAAAACUGCAAACAAGCCGUACCACCCUUCAGGUUGCGACGGCCGGCCGAUGUACCAGCGUCACCUGUCGGAGCCCCUCACCCCGCUCCCUCCUCAUGGUUUCAAACAGGAGCUGGUGGAUCCACGAUAUCCAGAUGCCGGGCCGGCGGGUUCUAGCCUGACCCCGCCCCAAACCGCCUUCAACCACGUCAAAAUCAAACAGGAGCCGAGAGACUUCGGCUUUGAACCCGAAGUUCAAACCUGCCAGUCAUCUUUUGGAAAGUCUCCAGUUUCGUUUCAGAAAAGCGGCGCCGGAUUUGGUUCUGACAGAGAGCCUGUUAGGUACUAUGACGACACCUGCGUUGUCCCAGAAAGACUGGAAACUAAAGUGAAGCAGGAGGGUUUGCCGUACCAACGCCGCGGUUCCCUGCAGCUCUGGCAGUUUCUGCUAACGCUGCUCGACAAUCCGGCAAAUGCACACCUGAUUGUGUGGACGGGGCGCAACAUGGAGUUUAAACUGAUCGAUCCGGAAGAGGUGGCUCGCCUUUGGGGCAUCCAGAAAAACCGACCAGCCAUGAACUACGACAAACUGAGCCGCUCACUGCGGUACUACUACGAAAAGGGCAUCAUGCAGAAGGUAAAGGUUGCCGGGGAAAGGUACGUCUACAAAUUUGUGUGCAACCCCGACGCACUGUUCUCCAUGGCCUUCUUGGAAAACCAGAGGCCCAGUCUGAAAGCCGACCUUGACGCCAUCCUGCCCCCUAGCGAAGAGGACGGCUUCCCCCUCCCUAGCUACGAGGAGGAAGGGCCUUACUUGGUGGACGGUGGGGAGCAGUGCGUCCAGGGGCUGGGUUUCCCCGACAGCUACCCAUACUAGUCAGCAGCUCAAAGGAAAAAAAAAAACGGCAAAACCUUAACGACACAGCUACAUUUCAGAUAAGAGAUUUAAU